AAGCGAGACCACACUUAGCCCAUUCCACUGCACCACGAACACUACUGCAGCUCGCACUUGCUUCCGCGUACACCUCUCACGUACGUACUCUUAUCGCAUUUGAUCGAUCGAUCACUGAUGGCGUCGUCUCUGCCGGCGUUCACGGUGCGGCGGGGGGAGCCGGUGCUGGUGGCGCCGGCGGAACCGACGCCGCGGGAGACGAAGCCGCUGUCGGACAUCGACGACGGGGAGGGCAUGCGGUUCUACAGCUCCGGCAUCCACCUGUACCGCAACAACCCGGCCAAGGCGGGGCAGGACCCGGCCAAGGUCAUCCUGGAGGCGCUGGCUAAGGCGCUCGUCCCGUACUACCCGCUUGCCGGCCGCCUCCGCGAGGAGGAAGGGAGGAAGCUCGUCGUGGACUGUGGCGCGCAGGGCGUCAUGUUCGUGGAGGCCGACGCUGACCUCACUGCCGAUGACUUUGGGGACGUGCAGAGCCCGCCGUUCCCGUGCUUCGAGAAGUUCAUACUGGAGAGCACCACCAUCGCCGGCGCCGAGCCGGUCAUCGACCGCCCCUUGCUCUACAUUCAGGUGACAAGGCUCAAGUGCGGAGGCUUCAUUUUCGGGCAACGGUUCUGCCACUGCGUGGUGGACGCCCCCGGCGGCAUGCAGUUCGAGAAGGCCAUCUGCGAGUUGGUGUGCGGCGCCAACGUGCCGUCGGUGGCACCGGCGUGGGGCAGGGAAAUGUUCAUGGCGCGUCGGCCCCCCCAGCCGUCGUACCCGCACCUAGAGUACCGAGAGCCGGCGGGUGGGCCGGACAGGAUGCUAUCGACGCCCCCGGCCGAGAUGGUACGCAUCCCGUUCUUCUUUGGGCCUCGCGAGAUCUCCGGGCUGCGCCAGCGCGCACCGCAGAACAUGCGCUGCUCCCGGUUCGAGCUGGUGGCCGCCUGCAUCUGGCGCAGCCGCACGGCGGCGCUCGGGUACGCGUCCGACGAGGAGGUGCGCCUGUCCUUCAUCGUGAAUGCCCGUGGCCGCCCCGAGAUCCCGCUCCCCGAGGGCUUCUACGGGAACGCGUUCGCGUACUCCGUCGCGGCGACCACCGCGGGGGAGCUCUGCGGCAAGGACCUCGGGUACGCGCUGGAGCUGGUGAAGAAGGCCAAGUCGGCCGUGACCUACGACUACCUGCUGUCGGUGGCGGACCUGAUGGUGCUCAACGGGCGGCCGCUGUUCGCGCUGUCGCGGACGUACAUCGUGUCGGACGUGAGCCACGCCGGGUUCAAGAGCGUGGACUUCGGGUGGGGGGAGGCCGUCUACGGUGGGCCGGCGAAGGGCGGCGAAGGGCCGCUCCCCGGCGUGACCAACUACUUCUCGCGGGCCAAGAACGGCAAGGCGGAGGAGGGCACGGUGGUGCCAAUCUGCCUGCCCAGGGACGCCAUGGAGAAGUUCCAGCUCGAAGUGGAAGGCCUCACCGCGACCGCGGAGCUCUAGGCGCACCCUGGCUGGUGUGUGCAUGAUGCAUGGCGUACGUAAUAGCAUACGUGCAGCAAGUAAACCGUCACGUACACCACGAAUGCAUCGUGCUGAUAUCAUGAUAUAUCGUGGACACCUGAUGAUAUAAAAUGCAUGGUUAUAUGCAUUCAUACUACGUUCACAAUAUGUAAGCAAUGAAAUGUGGUUUUGUGUGUGUAAAAUUAAUUCAACGGGAGCCAAUCGUAAGGAAGUGGUUUAGUUGAAAGAAGACGCCUCAUGUUGCCAUGCUGGAGCUGUUAAGUGCUGACCUAAUGAGACUGAAAUUUGUUUGGAUGAGAUUAUGGCCCACGCAUGCUUGUUAGAUAUAUACGGAGUAUAUAGGAGUAUCGUCUGAUCGAUUACGGUAAAAAAUGUGGUGCGUGUACAGAAUAUUGUAACGAAACACGAAGAAUAUCAUCCUUAAAAAAAUACGAAGAAUAUUGAGACA